GAAAAGCAAUACCUUUGGGGUUGACAGCCAAUUGCCCAAUGCACAGAGAACAAUUACCAAUUUCUCGCUCAGCGAUCUAUAUCCGACCAAUCAAUCUGCCAUGAUUUUCUGACACGGCCCCGGGCAGCAGGUGCCGCUGUGGAGUCCAGCCAAUCAGCAUCGCCAGAUUGCUAAGCACCGCCGCCGAUGACUUGAUGCAGAAGAGACCCGACGUUGUAUAAAUACUCCGGGCACCACCAGAUGCGAUGGAUUUGGUUUUAUCCUUCCUCAUCCAUCUACAUAUAUUUUCGCGUCACAUUCCUGUGAUAGCAAUUCACCUUGACCAGUCCACCGACAAACCCAUUGGGAGUACUUCGCACAGAAUCAACUGACGCCACCUCUCCAAUACCAUAAAUCCCAGCCUUCAACUGAGCCCACUCCAAAGACUCAAUCAAAAUCAAUCAAAAUGGUCCACCCUGCUUCAACCUGCUGCAAAACCAACCCCAGCGGUGGCUGCGUCUGCGCCGCACAAGCAAAGUGCUCCUGCGGGAAGGAAUCCGCUCUCCACUGCACCUGCAACAAGUCAACUACUGAAAACACUAUCCAAGGUGCUAGAUGCUCUUGCCGUGCUCGUCCCGCCGGUCAGUGCACCUGUGAGCGGGCGACAAGUGAAAACCACCCUGUGACUGGCGAGGCAUGUCCUUGCGGGAAGAGACCAGAGGCUUCGUGUACCUGUGAGAAGGCCAGCGCCAUUGAUUCCGCCCUCGAGACGGAUUUCACGACCCGUACUUAAGAUGGGGCAAACUAAAAACUAAACCAUGUCUGGGUUUUUCUUUUUCUUUUUCUUUUCUUUCUUUUUUUUUUUUUUUUUUUCACUUCUACUUUUUCUCGGGGUUUCCAUUGUAUUAUUCAAUUAGGGCUGGCGUUAUAAC